AUCCUACCGCCAUUUCAAGACUUUAAACGCUCAUAUACACCGUCUCUUGCUCCCCCUCCCUCAUUCUUAUUUAUUUGCACACUUACACCCAACGUACAUUCACAUCCGUCACACGCAACGACUAAAACUAUCACUUACAGCGCAUUCUCUUCUGCAUCAUCGCAGGUUUCAUCAACGACUACGGGAGAUCCUUCUGGAUGCCGACCGGGUCAGGCAACAACACAAUCAGCACAGUCAGCUCCAGAGCGGACCAUGGGCUUGACGAGUGCUAUUCUUAUGGUAAUGACAUGAUCAUUGGCACACUAAUCGGCACAGGGAUCUUCGCGUCCCCCGGCCCACUCUUCGACUCCGUGCAUUGCACACAAACCAGUUUCAUGAUCUGGGCGUUUGCGGGGAUCGUCUGUACGAUCGGUGCCUUUGCCUAUGCAGAACUUGGCACCAUGUUCCCGGAAUCCGGUGGCGACUUUCAGUACCUCUCUCGGGCCUACGGCAAGAAGGUGGCCCGCGUCUUUGGAUGGUCCUUCAUCACGAUCCUCAACCCGAUCGGCACCGCGGGUAUCGCUGGUGUCCUGGGCAGAUACGCCGUUGACAUGAUUGCGUAUUUAAAGUCAGGAGGUGCCACUGUUGUGGCAGUGAAUGCGAUCAACGAAACCUUGGGAGGAGCAGGGUACAGUGUGCUGAAUGGGACAGGGUAUGACAUACCGCGGAUUCAUUCGCCCUAUGCCCCAGGUACGCCGGCGUACGACGCAUUCCCGAAGGAGCCGUUGCCGAGGGAUCAUACGGGGGCGGUAUUGCCGAAUGUACCGCAUGCGGAGGAGAUGCCCUGGGUGGUGAGGGCGUUCGCGAUCGGGGCAAUCCUGGUGAUGGGGCUGAUUAAUAUCUUCUUUCGGGAGGGGGGCAAGUAUGCAAGUAAUAUCUUGGCGGUCUUUAAGAUUGCGGGAAUGUGCAUGUUAAUCGUGAUCGGAUCGGUCCAGGCGGCCAAGCAUCAUGCACAAUCGGAGGCAUUGAGUAUUCCGAUUGAAGAAUCAAGUCAUAACGUGCUGGACUAUGUGAGCGCGCUGUGCUUCGCGUUCUUUGCUUACAAUGGGUUCAACAAUAUCAACCUCGGUCUCGGAGAGCUGCGCGACCCGGAGCGGAACCUCAAGCGCGCAGUCUGGAUCGCUAUGCCCUUCGUCACCGUCCUCUUCCUCCUCGCCAACUUUGCGUUCUUUUCAAUCCUCUCUUCUUACGAUCUCCGCCACGUGCACUCGCUCUCCCUCCAGGCCGGCCACACCGUGCUCGGUAAACCAGGCGGUUUCCUUAUGGCCGGGACCGUGAUCGCCUCUGCUCUCGGAUCUAUCAACGCCAACAUCUGGGCAGGCUCGCGUUUGCUGGUCAUUAUGGCUAAAGAUAACUCUGUAAUCCCUUUCCCGAUUGGGAGGCAGUGGGCGCGAACAGGGACCCAGGCCAUUGCGAUCUUGGUCCUCAUCGGACAGGCGUCGAUCCACGCGUUGAUCAAUCUGGAUUUUAAAACGUUCUCAAAGAUUUACUCCGCGGUCGGAUGGUCAUGGUAUGGAUUGAGUAUCUUGGGACUGCUGUAUCUCCGAAAGAAGAAGCCGUCGUAUCCAAGACCCGUCAAGGUGUUCUGGCCGUUGGCCGUGUUCUUCGUGAUGGUCGCGUUUUUCUUGGUCUUUGGGUCGCUCACCCUGGCGUUCAUUAGCACCAACCCACAUAAGCAGUCGGACGCUGGUGGCGGCGCAGAGAACGGCGGAGGAGCAGGAGAGGAAGAUGGUGCGAAGAGGUAUACGUCUGUGAUCAUGUUCUCGAUGGCGGUUCUGUUCGUGCUCGGUGUCGUGCCGGCGUUCUACCUCACACGGUGCUACAACCGAAGACGACAGGCGAGAAAGGGCACCGAGGACAAUGACGACAGCAUUAUUGGACAUGAGGGCGCCAAUAACACCAGCAGCAGCCUGGAGAAUGACAUUGACGAAGUCGAGCCGCAUGAUGGACUCGCGUCCAGAUACUUGGAGCCGAAAUCCGCACUGGAGAUCAACAGCAAGGAUGACAAGCCCGAACGACGAGACUCGAGCGCUUCUUCGAUCACACUCGUGGACGAGUCCAAGAAGGGUGGUCGUCGCGGUCGACGACAGCACCGCUCCGGAGAUCCUCAGGAGCAGCAGCAAGGUCAACCCGACGCCUCUCGAUCUCACAAUCGUCAUUGCGACGACGAUGGCGAUGAGGAAGAGACCAAUAGAAUCCAGGCCCUGCGCUCUAAUCGACUGUCAGCCCAGAGCGAUAGUAUGGAGAAAGUAGAACUUGGAGCCUACAUGGCCUCGAAUAGCGCCUACGACUUCUCGCCCGACUCUGAGCCUUCCACUCCCGCAGGAGCAAUAUUCAUAUCAUCCACCACAACCUCGCCUCGUAGCGGAUUCAGCACUCCAACUCCCUUCAAUUCUCCGUAUGGACCAUACCUGUCCAUUCCCUGCAUCCAACAGUCCAGUUCACGAUCUUCAGAGAUCACACUGGGCUUCGAAUCCGAAUAUGUGUACGAGAAAGAACAAGAGGGGAAGAGUUCUAGAUCAGAGUAUGAGGGUGAAGUAUUGCAGGAAGAACAUUCACAGCAACAGCAGGUUGAUAAGCGUUCAAUGGAGGUGCUAGAUCAAUCGAGAGCUUUUUAUCUAGAUGUCCCAUUGACCGACAACGAUUCCUCGACAUCAUCUUCGUCCGCGUCGACGGUGAAUAACUCUCCUGUGAUUCGCGGACAAAAUCCGGCGGACGACGGAUAGUUCUUGAGACGCCAGGGGUGUGUCCCAUGGCGGACAGAUAGAUCAUAAUGUUUUUUUUUUUUUUUUUUUUUUG